AUGGAGCCUUUGGCGCGGGAGAAGCUGCUGGAAACCUGGAGGAGACAGGCUUCGGCCCAGGCCACACUCUCAGGCCUCUCACCACUGCCCAGCUGCUGUGCCUCCGCCGUAGCCGCCCCACACCGCAUGCCAGGCUUCAAAGACCUCUGGGAGCCCAGGUGCGACCCCCAGCCGGCGGCGGCCCAAGAGACCUUCACUGCCGGAGGCGAGGUCUUUGCCUGGACUCCCUUCCCGCCGGCUCUCAGGUGCCAGGCCCGCCCUUACUACCUGCACUGCAGGGCUGGGACCCCGGCCCAGCCUCCCCCCCAGGGCCUGGAGCUGGAGCCUGAGCCGGAACCGGAGCAGCAGACCCUUAGCGCCAAGGAGCCACAGCCGGUAGAGAAGUCACCAUCUAUGGAGCCGACGCUGGCCCUCCAGUGCUGCCCCAUGUGCCAGACAGAGUUUGGCACCGGGCAGUCCCAGCUGGACAUUGACGGGCACCUGGCUCAGUGCUUAGCAGGGAGCGCUGACGACGUGGUGUGGUGAUGUCGGUGCCCCCAUCCCGGCCCUGCAGCCCCCUCACUGACUGCGGAGCUCCUGGGCGGGGACACCGCCUGGGGCUCUGGCUGCAUCAGCUCCGUACCUGCAUGGCUGCCUGAAAGACUUCUGUCUCAUCACGUCUGUCUGCAGUGUCUUUGUGUUGUGAAAUGCGCUUGCCUAAGCUUCAAACUGGUGUGAGAGCAGAACCACCCUACGUGGGUCCGGGGGACGCACCUGGUCCCCAGUAAGUGGCAGUCCCUCGGGCGGUGGAUGCUGCUCACCCCUGGGGACAGCUGACUGGACGAGACGUGCAGGCUUCUCCACCGCGGACCUGGGUGCUGGGGGUCCCCGGGGUUUACAGAAGCUGCAGGCCGAGGGCAGCUCUUUUGUUUCCGUACUGUGCGCAGUGAGCCCCAGGUGUGUCUGUCGACCUUUCUCCUGUGCGUGCUGUCCGGCUGGCCUUAGGGCCCACCUUGGCGUCCUGACACCUUCGUCCCCCCACAGCUGCUGAGCGCUCUGGCCGGGAUAGGUGGGCCAGACGUCAUGUAGAAAAGUCUGAAUUAAAGUUGUGCGCUUCCCUUUGGA